AUGUUGGAGGAGAAGAGCUGGAAAGGUGUCGGUGAAGCAGCUUUUGACAGGGGGUGUGUGGCUCCCCCCAGGACCGGCGACGGGGAGCGAUGCUGCCGUCUCCCUCUCCUGCUGGGCUCGGGGCUGCCCGGCGUCUCCCUGCUUUCUCUGGUGCUGAGCCUCCUGCUGUACUUUCGGACCUCCGAUCUGCAGUCCCGGGUGUCCCACUUGGAAGCAGACAGACCCACACAGCUCCCUGCCUGGCUCUCAGCAGACCAAAUGGAGACAGCUAUUUUGGGAAGAGUUGACCAACUGCUUGACGAGAAAUUAAAGUUCCACUUGCCGAGACAUCGAGAAGUUCGAGACACACACCAGCGAUGCAACUGCCCGGCAGGCCCACCUGGAGACAAAGGUGCAAUGGGGAUCCCUGGGCGGCCGGGACUAAAAGGGCAACCCGGAGAGAAGGGUGCUCCAGGAGAAGCGGGCAUGUCUAUCAUCGGGCCUCGCGGUCCACCCGGACAGCCUGGAACAAGAGGUUUUCCUGGAUUCCCGGGCCCUAUUGGCUUGGAUGGCAAACCGGGUCAUCCUGGACAGAAGGGGGAGAUGGGUGCUGCAGGUCCCAGGGGACAACCUGGACCCUCAGGACAAAAAGGAGAAAAGGGUCAGUGUGCAGAGUACCCACACAGGGAAUACCUAAGUACCACCCUUGCAGCCCUGCGCUCUAACCAGAUCCUUACAUUAAAGGGUGAACAAGGACAAGCGGGAAUCCAAGGUCCCCCGGGGCCCCCUGGCCCGCCAGGGCCCACUGGACCAGCUGGACCCGAAGGAACCCCAGGACAGCCUGGGCCAGUUGGGCCGCCUGGCAGAGCAGGAGAACCUGGGAAGCCUGGCAGAGACGGAAAGGGCUUACCUGGGCCUCCUGGACCAAAGGGAGACCCUGGGAUUCAGGGAUACCCUGGCAGAAAGGGCGCUCCUGGGAUGGCCACCGCAGGGAUGAAGGGCGAGCCUGGGACUCCAGGAGAAAAGGGAGAUCCUGGAGUCCCAGGGAGGAUGGGCCCCCCAGGUUUGCCAGGGAAGAGGGGGCAGCGGGGUGAGAAGGGACGAGCUGGUGACCCUGGGCUUCCUGGACUCCCUGGCACGAAGGGAGAGAAAGGAAACGCUGAGAAUGCCCUGGAGGGAGGUAAAGGAGAACCUGGCCCUCCAGGUCUGCCUGGGCCCCCUGGACCAAAGGGAGAAGCUGGUGAUGUUGGCCGGCCUGGUGCUGCAGGGUCACGGGGAGAAAAGGGGGAACCUGGUUCACCGGGAGACCAGGGACCCAUGGGCCCAAGGGGCCCCAAAGGAGAGCCUGGGAAGGAUGAAAUGAUGGACUAUGAUGGUAACAUCAGUGAAGCUCUCCAGGAAAUACGAACUUUGGCCUUGAUGGGACCUCCAGGACUUCCAGGUGUGGCUGGACCUCCAGGGCCACCAGGACAGAAGGGUGAAAUUGGCUUGCCAGGUCCUCCAGGCCAUGAUGGAGAAAAGGGACCACGCGGCAAGCCUGGAGAAAUGGGCCCCCCUGGCCCUCAUGGACUGCCAGGAAAGGAUGGACCACCUGGAAUAAAGGGAGAGCCAGGCCAUAUCGGGGUUACAGGAGAAAAGGGCGAUAAAGGAGAGCCAGGACAAGCCGGCUCACCAGGUCUUGAUGGCCCCACUGGAGAGAAAGGUGAACGAGGUGACCAAGGGAUGCCAGGACCAUCAGGAUUGCCGGGUCCCAUUGGACUUCCAGGACUGACAGGAGAGAAGGGCGAGCCUGGGGAGCAUGGAGACAAAGGAAAUCCGGGAGAAUCGAUAUCUGGCCCCCCUGGACCCCAAGGCCCACCAGGACCUCCAGGUCUUCAGGGCCUCCCAGGACCGAAGGGGGAAGCAGGGAUUGAUGGAAUGAAAGGAGAGAAGGGUGCCCAGGGUGAAAAAGGAGACAGAGGGCCACUGGGAUUACCUGGUGCUUCAGGUUUAGACGGCAGGCCUGGACCACCGGGUACUCCAGGACCAAUUGGGGUUUCGGGACCAGCAGGACCAAAAGGAGAAAGGGGCAGUAAAGGAGAUCCUGGAGUUGUAGGACCAAUGGGGCCGGCAGGACUUCCUGGUUUACAAGGUCUACCUGGUGACAAAGGAAUCCGGGGGGAGAGGGGCAAGAAAGGCUCUAGAGGGUCUAAAGGGGAUAAGGGAGACCAAGGAGCGCCUGGAUUAGAUGCACCCUGUCCGUUGGGAGAAGACGGCCUUCCAGUUCAAGGCUGCUGGAAUAAGGGUCAAACUCCUUGGCUGAUAGCCAAAAAGUGA